AUGACACAAAAAACAGCAGAUACGGUAGCCGACUUCCUCCUCAACCGCAUUAUCCCACGAUUUGGACUGCCCUCCUCUAUCCAGUCGGACAACGGCCCAGGCUUCAUCUCCCAAAUCGUCCAGCAGGUCUCCACCUCCCUCGGCACCAUCUGGAAGCUGCACAUUCCUUAUCAUCCCCAGUCUCCUGUGGUCCCCAUUCCUACUCCUCUCAAGGUCAUCAACUCCCCCACACCUUUCCUCUUAAAGGAUGUACCUCUUCUCCAAGAUCCCGAACGCCAGCUGCAGGUGCUGGCAGCAAUUGAGCCCAUCAGCAUGUCCCUCGCCAUCCUUCUACCUAGCCUACCAACACCCAGCCCUGAGAAGCUGUUAGGAGAGCAUCUGGCCAAAGAGGUGAUUCUCAAGGCACUGACUGGCUUCAAGAGCAACAAAGACCCCAAGGAACCAUGGACUCUUUCCUUAUGUGGCUGGGCUGGCACAGGCAAGAAUUUUGUGAGCCAAAUUGUGGCUGAAAAUCUUCAUUCAAAAGGCCUAAAGAAUAACUUUGUUCACCUGUUUGUAUCGAUUCUGCACUUCCCUCAUGAACACCAGAUAAAGCUGUACCAGGACCAGUUACAGAGGUGGAUCCAGGGUAAUGUGAGUGCCUGUGUAAGCUCCGUGUUCAUAUUCGACAAGAUGGAUAAGUUGAACCCCAGGAUCAGGAGGCCAUCAAGCCACUUGCUAGACUACUACGAGCAGGUUGGAGGUGUGUCUUACCAGGAGGUGAUCUUCAUCUUUCUCAGUAUGGCAGGUGGGGACCUCAUAACCAAGACAGACCUUGAGUUUUGGCGGGCAGGAAGAAAGUGGGAAGACAUUCAGCUGAACAACUUGGAACACAUGCAGUCUGUCGGAGUGUUCAGUAAUAAGCACAGUGGCCUGUGGUGCAGCAGACUGACAGACAGAAACUUCAGGAUUACUUUAGUUCCUUUCUGCCCCUGAAAUACACACAUG